AGUCACUCGGCAGGCUCGCAGUGGAGCUGUGUCGGGCAGCAGGAGGAGCCGACACGACUGAAAAGAAAAGACUCAAAGAAAGACAUGAACGUCGCUCAAACGCAGAAAUACGGACUUCAUUGAACCGGGCGAAACGGUGGAGGGGUUUAUCUGAGGAUUUUAACGCCGACAGAAAGGGUGUUGAGUACGGACAGCAGCAACCAGACCCCCCCAAAACCAACAAGAAGCAUCAGCAAGAGGUCUAGAGCCAGAGUUUGCAUGUUAUUGGAGAAACUGACUCUGCACUGGCAGCCUCUUCAGCGUUAAUGUAAUGGAAACGCGCUUUGGUCACCCCCGGUAGCAUCUGAAAUGCAUCAGCGGAAAUAUAUCAGCAGCUUCCAUGGCUAAUUGCAUCAAGCGGCGGUGGCUCGAGUUUGCCAGUGGAUGCACUCAAGAGCCAGGUGCCCUGCCAUGCCCAGCGCCAUGCUAAAGCAACACACUCAUCAUAACAAGGAGCACUCAGUCCAACCAGUGGGGAAGCUGUGGAAAAAGUUGGUGGAAAAUCUAAGUCUCAAUUUUGAUUUCCUUUUUUUUAUUUUGACCUAGAUAUUCUGAAACGCACCAUAGCGUGGCUGCUUUUCCUGCCAUCUGCUUCUCUUCUCCGCUCUUGCUGAAGUUGCAUUCUUCUUCCAAACAUCAACACCGAGGAAGAAAAGAGAGACUGCAACCUGCUUUCUGAGACCAAAAUGGAUGUUCAGAUUUAUGGCCAGCCUUUGUUGGAGUUGAAAAUGUGAGGGUGGGGAUGAAGGGACCCCUAUGAAGAGGAGGAAUAGGUGGAACAGCAGCACUAUAUCAAAAUGGCUCAAACCAGUUUGCUGCAGGGGAAGCGCUUUUACUGCCGGGAGUGGGUCUUCCACAAGAUCCAGCAUUGCCUCCAGGAGAAAACCAACAACCUCAAUGGAGUGACCAGCGCUCCCAGUAAGCAGCCCCCACUGGCGCCCGGCGGGGGUGCAUCUAACCCUGGCACCUUGACGACAGGAUCCUCAAAGGCAGGUAGCUCCUGGGGGGUUUUGCUGGUUGGGGGUCCAGGAAGUGGGAAAACAGCACUGUGCACAGAGCUGUUGUGGCCCACGUCGGUGCAGGGAACACAGCGGGGUCUGCAGCAGCAGAGCCUGGCCUAUCACUUCUGCCGGGCGGAUGACUCGGACACGCUGUGCGUCGGAGGGUUCAUCCGAGGUCUGGUGGCUCAGAUCUGCCGCAGUGGGCUGGUGCCGGGGUACGAGGAGAAGGUGCGCGACCCAGCUGUGCAGAGCACUCUGCAGCCUGGAGAGUGUGAGAGGAACCCCACAGAGGCUUUCAAGAGAUGUGUCCUCCUGCCUCUCCUGAGCAUUAAGCCUCCUCAGCAGUCUCUCUUCCUGCUGGUGGACUCCAUCGAUGAAGGCUGCCAGCUGGGGGAGGGGGAGCAGAGGUCCUCUCCCGGCUCCCCCAGGACCAUCGCCGAGCUCCUGGCCAGUCAUCAUGAGUUCCUGCCUCCCUGGCUGCUUCUCAUCUGCUCUGCACGACGACAGAACAAGGCCAUUACCAAACUCUUUACAGGAUUCCGCAAAAUCAGCCUUGAUGAUCUACGGAAGGCCUACAUUGUCAAGGAUGUGCAACAGUACAUCCUCCACCGACUGGACCAGGAGGAAGCCCUGAGGCAGCACCUGACCAAGGAGACAGCUGAGAUGCUCAACCAACUCCACAUCAAAAGCAGUGGCUGUUUCCUAUACCUGGAGCGCGUUCUGGAUGGCGUAGUGGAAAAUUUUAUCAUGCUCCGGGAGAUCCGUGAUAUCCCAGGCACUCUCAAUGGCCUCUACCUGUGGCUCUGCCAGAGACUGUUUGUCAGGAAACAGUUUGCCAAAGUACAGCCCAUCCUUAAUGUAAUCCUGGCAACCUGCAGGCCACUCACCAUCAAGGAACUGUACCACGCAGUGUGGACCAAAAACAUGACACUGACAAUGGAAGAGUUUCAAAAGAAGAUGGACAUUCUCUCCAAGUUGUUGGUUGAUGGCCUUGGGAAUACUAAAAUCCUUUUUCACUACAGUUUUGCAGAGUGGCUACUGGAUGUUAAGCACUGCACCCAGAAGUACUUGUGCAAUGCAGCCGAGGGACACAGGAUGUUGGCAAUGAGUUACACCUGUCGGGCCAAGCAGCUUAAACCACUUGAAGUGCAGGAAUUUGCACUGCACCUUGUCAAUUCCAAUCUGCAGAUUGAGCCAUUUAAUCUGGCUCUUUGGAUGGUUUGGAAUGGAACUCCUGCUAAAGACUCUCUGACCACCUCCAUACCAAGAGAACAGGAGGUUCUGCAACUUCUGGUGAAAGCUGGAGCCCAUGUAAACAAUGAGGAUGACCACGCAUCAUGCAUCGUGCAACAGGCCCUGGAAAGAGAGGAUUCAAUACGGACAUUACUUGACAACGGUGCAUCUGUGAACCAGUGCGACUCUAGUGGGAGAACUCUUCUGGCCAACGCUGCAUACAGUGGAAACCUUGAUGUGGUUAACUUACUCAUAUCUAGAGGGGCAAAUAUGGAGCUUGAAGACAACCAUGGGCAAACAGCACUUACACUUGCUGCAAGGCAAGGCCAUACCAAAGUGGUUAACUGCUUAAUUGGUUGUGAGGCCAAUAUAAACCACACAGACCAUGAUGGAUGGACUGCCCUGCGCUCAGCAGCUUGGGGUGGACAUUCAGAGGUUGUAUCUGCUUUGCUUUAUGCUGGUGCCAAAGUGGACUGUGCUGAUGCUGAUGGUAGAACGGCUUUGAGAGCUGCUGCUUGGGGAGGCCAUGAGGACAUAGUGCUGAACCUUCUUCAGCAUGGGGCUGAAGUCAACAAGGCAGACAACGAAGGAAGAACAGCUCUCAUUGCUGCAGCAUACAUGGGACACAGAGAGAUUGUUGAGCACCUCUUGGACCACGGGGCAGAAGUGAAUCAUGAAGACGUGGAUGGGAGGACUGCCCUCUCAGUUGCCGCUCUCUGCGUUCCUGCAAGUAAAGGCCAUGCUUCUGUUGUGAGCCUUCUGAUUGACAGGGGAGCAGAGGUCGACCACUGUGAUAAAGACUGCAUGACUCCUCUUCUUGUGGCAGGCUAUGAAGGACAUGUCGAUGUGGUUGAUCUGCUUUUGGAAGGCGGAGCUGAUGUUGACCACACAGACAACAAUGGUCGAACACCUCUUCUUGCUGCUGCAUCAAUGGGCCAUGCCUCUGUUGUCAACACUUUACUGUUCUGGGGGGCAGCUGUUGAUAGCAUCGACAGUGAGGGAAGGACUGUGCUGAGCAUUGCUUCUGCUCAGGGCAAUGUCGAGGUGGUCAGAACUCUGCUGGACAGAGGUCUGGAUGAGAAUCACAGGGAUGAUGCAGGCUGGACCCCGCUACACAUGGCUUCGUUUGAGGGACACCGCCAAGUGUGUGACGCCCUCAUUGAGCAAGGUGCUCGUUGCACAGAGGUUGAUAAUGAUGGGAGGAUACCGCUGAUACUGGCUGCACAAGAGGGACAUUACGACUGUGUGCAAAUUCUUCUGGAAAACAAGUCAUGCAUUGACGAGAGGGGAUAUGAUGGAAGGAAUGCUCUCAGGGUUGCUGCACUAGAAGGCCACAGGGACAUUGUUGAACUGCUGCUGAGCCACGGUGCCGAUAUUGAUUACAAAGACGCAGACGGCCGCCCUACACUCUACAUAUUGGCACUUGAAAAUCAGCUUGCCAUGACGGAGUAUUUCCUUGAAAAUGGUGCGAAUGUAGAAGCAUGUGACACUGAGGGAAGAACAGCCCUACAUGUAUCCUGCUGGCAAGGGCAUGUUGAAAUGGUGAGGCUGCUGAUAAACUAUCAUGCUGAUGUGAAUGCCUGUGACAAUGAGAAGCGAUCUGCCCUCCAGUCUGCUGCAUGGCAAGGACACACAAAAGUCGUGCAGUUUUUGAUAGAGAAUGGCACCCAUGUGGAUCAUACAUGCAACCAGGGUGCUACAGCACUAGGCAUAGCUGCACAGGAGGGUCACAUUGAUGUUGUGCAAAUACUUCUUGAAAAUGGUGCUGACCCAAACCACGCUGAUCAGUUUGGACGAACAGCAAUGAGAGUUGCAGCAAAAGGUGGCCAUUCAACGAUAAUAAAACUUCUGGAAAAGUAUGGAGCCACAAGUCUAAAUGGCUGCAAUCCCUCUCCAGUUCACACCAUGGAAGAAAAAACACCAUUGGCUGUGACUGGUAAAAUGCAGUCCCUCACCAUUAAAUCAAGUAGUUCUGGCAGCACUGGGGCAGGAGAUUUGCAGUCUUCUGGACGUGGUCUAACCAAUGGGCCAGUCCAUGCAUUCAGCUCCCCUUCAGAAUCACCUGAUUCAACAGUAGAUAGACAGAAAUCCUCCCUUUCAAAUAAUUCCCUCAAGAGCUCUAAGAACUCCUCCCUGAGAACCACAUCGUCCACAGCUACAGCGCAGACCGUGCCGAUCGACAGUUUCCAUGGACUGACAUUCACAGAACAAAUCCAACAGCAUUCACUGCCCCGUAGCCGGAGCAGACAGUCUAUUGUGUCCCCCUCCUCGACAACAAAGUCCAUUGGCCAGCAGCCAUCAUCUCCUUCAAAUGAUUUCGACUGGUCUAUGUUAAAAUCAGGUCUAAAGUCAACAAAGGGAAGUAAGACCGGAAAUGAGACCUCAAACAGUAAAGGAGCCCUGGGCGACAAGAAGAAACUCAAAAACAGUGGAUCCAUCCAAGGUCAGGUUCUGGAGUAUGAAAUGACACAGUUUGACAAGAGGAUUGCCCUCAACAAAUCAGUGGCAAACAUUUCAGUGAAGGAUCCCCACUGCAAGAUCAUGAUAGGUGGAUCAAUUCGAUCAGAAAGGGGGCAAAGCCAAGAUCAGUACUUCAUCCAGCAGCAGAGCUGUUCGGAGAAGAAGCGCAAUGGUAUCAUGACCAACCCCAACUAUCAUCUACAGGGUAAUCAGGUUUUCCUGAGUAGGGUGUCAGUUCCUCGGACUGUACAGAGCAGAGGCCACCAAGAUGUUUUAGAGAACUAUCCAAUUGGGGAAACCGAGCUAAGCCUUAAACAAGCCCUGAAACUGCAGAUUGAAGGAUCAGACCCUGGGUUCAACUACAAAAAGGAGACUCCAUUAUAGCUGAUGUCUCAAAUGCCGUUCAUCAUGCAGACAUUGGAGGGAAUGUGCCAAAGCAACUGUGUUCAUCUGCAUAGAAAAAAAAACAAAAGAUCUGUAUUCAUCAUUGGGAGACCUUAAAACAAUACCGGGGAUAAUUGUUGACUGCUGCCUAAGGCUUAUGUGAACUGAAACAUCAAUGUGCCUACAUCUGUUACAGCCUUCUUCAUGUAUUCAUGCAAACUUUCAUUUUAAUUUAAUGUAAUGCUAUUUAAUAAACAGUGUAUGCACUUUUAAGAGUAAAAUGACAGACAUGCAUUUGUUCUUACUCACUUUGUAACCCAUCCAAGUUUUAUCAAGAACUGUUUGAGACAUACCAAUGCUUUUGUUUUAUUAUUUUAAGUUUGUUGUGUCGACUUUUUUCACCCUGACAGCGAUGUGCCACUGAGUGCAUUGUCACAAACCACAGGACAUAACAGUAUCGAUUGCCAUGGUAUGAUAUUAAGCGCAUUGAUAGUCUGCCUUUCUAGAGACCCCAAAUAAUCUGUGUGCUAAACCUAUGUUGUAUGUAAUAUGUCAAUAGCUAUGGCAAUUUAAUUCAUGAGUAUAUACAAGCAUAUUUAUUUUUGGAAGAAAAGCCACUUUUCUGCAUUUUGUGUUGCAUUCUGCUCUACCAUGGUGCUGUGUUCAGAAGUUGCCUGCAGUUAUUUUGGACUCCCAGUUUUGUUGGCUGUGUGUGUAUUGUUACAAAAAUCUAGAAAGGGGGAAAUUUCAUUGAAAAUGUAAAAAACAAAAAAAGAUCAUUUUGUCCCUAUGGGAUUUUUCAGUUGCCUGUGUGUUAUGAUUUUGUGUGCUCAAAAAAUAUUUAAAAACUCAUUGUGUACCAUCAGCAAGAGUUUGGUGCUAAAGGCAGUGGUUACAUGUGAAAGCAGCGGUUUAAAGAAAGGCAUUUGUCCGCAGAGUUAACCCAAUGCAAUGCAAGAAACAAAAUCCAAGCUUUGUUUCCCUCUUGUCAUGUGGUUAUUUUCCAGUAAUUCCUGCUGGGGUUUUUCAGGGGGCAUGACACCAAACAGCUCAAUAAGGGUUCAGCCAUUUAGACAACUCAUAGCUGUGAAUGAUUUUAUUUGCAUUGCAGAGUUUUAAAGCCAAAGUAGAGACAGCAUUACACUGUCCCACCUCCUCCCUGUAAGGAGCUGAAUAUCAGCUCAGCAGUAGUUAACCCUGCAGGGGAUGGAGGGGAGGAGAUGCUCGACUGUGACGCGGAGGGAACUGAAACAUCUGUUUGUCAUGAACCGUGUGGAGCUGCGUUAGCAUUUAAAGGCUGUGUCAUAUUUUUGCAGGCUUCUCAUAUCGUCAGCUGUGAGCUAUUUUUUGGGUUCAGAGGGAGUAGGAACCUAUCGCAUACAAAAACACAUCUAAGCCCAUGUUAAAGCUUCUCAGCUCUUUGGUGCCACAGUAGCUCAAAUAUAUGCUAUGAAGAGUCAAAGGAUGGAUUGGAGGCAGGAUCAGGAUCAGGUCUAGAAACAGUGUUGGAAAACAUACUGUAUAGUCUUAUGAAACAGUUCUCUUGUUUGUCUUGACUGUGUUUUGUCUGUCAUCUUUGAUUUGACUGUCAGUGAUUGGAUUGUAAAUAGCUUACCAUGUACAUUCAACUUUCAUUUAAAAAGAAUUCCUGUAUUAUAUGAAGUGGAAUUUUCUGAUGUAUAUUAAAGUGCUUAAUAAACAUAUUUGCUUUACUGCUGAAAAAAG